AUGAUAGGAAAGUUAUUUUGUGGGAACCACAGUCCGUUUGUGAUUUUUCUCGUGAUAUAUGGUAUAUUGGAUGCGGGUCGAACCGUGAAAAUCAACAGGCUGCAAGUUCCCGAAGUAGCCCAAUUAGGAGAUCCUCUAGUUCUAGAUUGCGAUUACACGGUGGAAGAGUCCUUGGUGGACGGACUGGUGGUCAAGUGGUUUUUUAACGAGAAACCGACGCCAAUCUACCAGUGGAUUCCGAACAAGAGGCCGCAAGAACUCGGAAUAAUGAAAGGAAGACUGAAUCUGAACUAUUCGGCUAGUGAAGACAGGAACAGCGUUCACAGAGCCCUCCAUAUCAUCCAACCUGGCACAGAUUUGUCAGGAAAUUACACUUGUAUGGUUUCCACCUUCCGAGGGGAGGAUGUGAAAACCAAGAGGAUGCUUGUACUAGUCCCAGAAAAAACAUUAGAACUGCGACAAGAACAUGUUGGAGAGAAGGUGUUCCAAGUGAUGUGCUAUGCAGAAGGAGUAUUUCCAAGACCAAGUAUGACUUUGCAUAUCGGCCAAAGUGAAGUCAACAACUCCAAAGUUGAGGUUUGCGAGAAGAAUGGCCUCUACGACAUAAAAGCGGUAGCCCAAAUUCCCUCUCUUGAAACACCAGAAGAAUUUUCCUGUGAACUUCACAUCCCCCAGGCUAAUUACACUGUUAGGAAAGAAGCCAUAUACUAUCCAGUUUACGAUGAUGGAGCUCUUUUCGCCCCACUGUCUUUAUUAGGGAAUUUGCUGGUCCUGAUACUCCAUCUAAUAUCAUGA